GAACGAGAGGCUGAGGAGAGCAGCGCAGCAUCUGCGGCUCCAGCAUCCUGCCGAGGACUCUGCUCCAUGGAGGAGAAAAAGGAGAAGUGUAGGGGAGAAAAAAAACCAUCCGCAGCCGAGGGGAGACUGACAGAGGAAGAGACGCACGGGAGGAGUAAGAGCGGGAAAUGAAAGGAACUGAGGGAACAUCGCUGCCUGUGAGAGGACCACUGCAGCUGCACUAAAUCUGGGGCUGUCAGGCCAACCCUCAGCAAAGCAGUGAGUGAGAGAGGAAGAGGAGCAGAGGAGGAAAAGGAGUGAUUUUAAGGAGCUGAUCUCAUCGUACUGGACGGGCAGAUAUGGAAAGCCAAAGAGCGCCUGAAUCAGCGGAUCAAACUUCACACAGGAAAAGUGCUUUUGGAUCUCCUGUGUGAACCUGAGUGAAGUAAAGGGAGAACAGAAGAGAGUCCCCCCCUGCAAGGUGAAACCUCUUACUCUGCUGUCCUGUCCCCCUCUGUCCCCCCUCCACCUGCCUGCUCCUGGUGAAUGUCUUCUCUGCAUGCACUCGCACUGCUCGGCAGUUGAACACACUCAUGGUCGAUGCCAAAGGAAGGAACAUGAAAUGUCUGACUUUCUUCUUGAUGCUUCCCGAGUCGGUGAAAAGCAAGUCGAGUAAGAGCUCCAAGAAAGGGAAUGCCAGCGGGAGCUCCAAGCUGCCCCCGGUCUGCUAUGAGAUAAUCACUCUGAGGAGCAAGAAGAAGAAGAAGAUGGCAGCGGACAUUUUUCCCACCAAAAAGCCGGCGUCCACCACCACCACCACCACCACCGUGCAGCAGUACCAGCAGCAGAACCUGAACAACAACAACACCAUACAGAACUGCAACUGGCAAGGACUCUACUCCACCAUCAGAGAGAGAAACUCAGUAAUGUUCAACAAUGAGCUGAUGGCAGACGUUCACUUCGUGGUGGGUCAGACGGGACGGACCCAGCGGCUGCCAGGACACAGAUAUGUUCUGGCUGUCGGCAGCUCCGUGUUUCACGCCAUGUUUUAUGGGGAACUGGCUGAGAACAAGGAUGAAAUCCAUAUUCCAGAUGUGGAGCCAGCAGCAUUUCUGGCGAUGCUGAAAUACAUUUACUGCGAUGAGAUCGACCUGAGUGCUGACACCGUGUUAGCCACUCUUUACGCUGCCAAGAAGUACAUCGUCCCUCACCUGGCACGCGCCUGCGUCAACUUCCUGGAGACCAGCCUGAGUGCCAAAAACGCCUGUGUGCUGCUCUCCCAGAGCUGUCUGUUCGAGGAGCCCGAGCUGACGCAGCGCUGCUGGGAGGUGAUUGAUGCCCAGGCCGAGCUGGCGUUACGCUCCGAGGGCUUCUGCGACAUCGACUCUCAGACCCUGGAGAGUAUCCUGCAGCGGGAGACACUCAACGCUAAAGAGAUAGCGGUGUUUGAGGCGGCGCUCAGCUGGGCCGAGGCUGAGUGCCAGAGACAGGAGCUCACCUCCUCCACUGAUAACAAGCGGAAGGUUUUGGGGAAGGCCAUGUUCCUGAUUCGUAUCCCGACAAUGGCUCUGGAUGAUUUUGCCAACGGGGCGGCCCAGUCGGGCGUGUUGACGCUCACUGAGACCAAUGACAUCUUCCUGUGGUACACAGCGGCCAAGAAACCGGAUCUGGAGUUCGUCAGCCAGCCGAGGAAGGGUCUGACACCCCAGCGCUGCCACAGAUUCCAGUCCUGUGCCUACCGGAGCAACCAGUGGCGUUACAGGGGCCGCUGUGACAGCAUUCAGUUUGCAGUGGAUAAAAGAGUUUUCAUCGCCGGGUUUGGUCUGUACGGGUCGAGCUGCGGCUCGGCAGAAUACAGUGCAAAGAUUGAGCUGAAACGCCAGGGAGUACUUCUGGGACAAAACCUCAGCAAAUACUUCUCUGAUGGAUCCAGCAACACCUUCCCAGUUUGGUUCGAGUAUCCGGUGCAGAUCGAGCCCGACACCUUCUACACGGCCAGCGUGGUUCUGGACGGGAACGAGCUGAGCUACUUUGGACAGGAGGGGAUGACAGAGGUGCAGUGUGGGAAGGUGACCUUUCAGUUUCAGUGCUCCUCAGACAGCACUAACGGCACGGGGGUGCAAGGGGGACAGAUUCCUGAGCUCAUCUUCUACGCUUGACGGCUCCACUGCGAGCACUAGACUCAUUUCAGUGCACUUAUGGAAAAUAGAAAAUGUUCACUUUGUGCAUAGUGUCACUUUCUGUUAUCUAUUUUGCCACUUAAAAAAAAACUCUUGUUUGGUUUUAAAUUUAGAAUUUGGUCCUCUUGAGUUGGACCAUAUUUAUGUUUCUGAGUCCUAAAAAAAAAAAAAGUGUCUCGCACUUGAUGUGUAAAUAUGAAAAUAUGUAAAUUCUGAAAUGUAUAUGAUGCCACAAAUGGGGUCAACGCUGGCCACAGAAAUAUCUUAUAUAAUGAAUAUGCUACGAUAUGUUUAUUGUUUCUAUGCUUGCAUAGAAUGCACAUAUAGAGCAGCAAUACUUCACAUUCUGUAUCCAACAACAAGCAUUUCAUGUCAGGACUCUGGAUCAUUAAAGCAUUUCAAAGAUUCCUAA